AUGUCAGCAGCAGCGCGACUGCCGAUCUGCUACUACUCUGAAAAGCACACACUCUUCACAUCUGCCUGGUGGAGAGAAGUCACCCAACGAGACGAGUUCUGGGCGGACUUCAGCUCCAAAGUCAAUGAUACAACGCUCAACAGACGGAUGUCUGUUUCGAUCAGAACCUCCUUCAAGCAACCUAAGGCAUUCGUGGGCUUACGCCCAGAAGCGCCAGCCGUCACCACGACUACGACCAAAGUCUCUCCUCUCAACGCACAGGCUUCCACGUCAAAGCUAGAUACGCCACGUGAGAUGAACACGGUUGUCAAAGUUGAAUGCAACGACUGUGGAGCAUUUAUUGCUACCGGCACACUCUGCGAAGGUUGUUCGUCUUCGGAUCCUACAUACGUCGAGAUGGCUGCACCUGGAACAGAGUAUCAUCGAGAGCCCAAUCCCGCUACACGCAGCACUUCACCCAUAGGUAAACAACCAGCCAAUCCUAACGAGCCUGGCUCGGAGUCGAUCAUCACAGCGGAGAAACCUCUUCAACGUACUGAGGUCGACGACCGGACUACAGACUCUGCAAACAUCGCCAAUGAUGCAACGCCUCAUGGUCACAAUCGUGUCCAGAAGCUCAAGCUUCGUGUUAACGCAGCACCAGACACAGAUUCAGAGGCUAGCGUUGAGCAUCAAGGCCCACAAGCCCACCACGAGGACAAAGUGGGAACAGCAGCCGCCCAAAACCUAGAUGCCGACACUGAAGAGGCCACCAUCAAGGCUGAGGAGGUUGAGACCACGGGCGAGCACAUCGAGGCUGGUAAGCUAGGCAACGAGGCCAAGGCAACCAAUUCGGAACCAGACGUGACACUCCAGUCUGAACUGGUGGAUCCCAACCAUAGCCCUCACGACCGACAGAGUCAGCAGUCCAUCAACGCCAAUGUCGACCGCCUCAUCCAUGUUCUGCACAAGGGCGAGAGGCAUUCCAUCGAUGCCAGCAAGAUUCAGGAGACAAUCGUGGCCGGCCACAAGCUCUGCUUUGCCGUCAUCGACGGAACGCCCGUGCAGAUCGAUCCCGCCAACGCAUGCGAGGUCGCGGAGGCGACAUUUGACGAGGGUGGGGAUGCAACGACCGAGAUCAAGAUCAAGAUCAAGACUGAGGAGGCUGAGCCCAAGAUGGAGUUGGCGACGGCAGUGCUCACCGCUGGUCGGGCAAAGAAGCAGGCGAGGUGCCAAGUUCAGGGUCUGUCGAAAGCCGAGUCGAUCGUCCUUGACAGCGAUUGA